AGGAUCCCACUAGUUUACUUUGAACGAGUGGGAAUUGCAAUGGUAACACUUGAAAAAACGUCCUUAUGGAACUGAACGAACGUCACAUAGUCGAAUAGAAGCGAUGGAGACCGUCAACAAUCUGAUGGAAUGCAUGAAGAUAGUAACUUCACUUCUCUUCUUCUUCUUCUUCUUCUUCAAUUAUUUCUCUCUCUCUCUCUCUUAACUAGGUUUAUCUAACUGAACCAACCUAAUUAGAAACACAUUCCGCAUCACCCAAAAUCAGAAACCCUAACGCAUCAAUGUCUUCUCAAACCCCCACGGACAAACAUCGUGUUCAAGAUGAGGUUUCGAAAGAGAAGAUUUUAUUGCAGCAUUCCAUAACUGGGCGAGUGGUGCAGAUUUGAUGAAGAACCAUGUGAGGAAGGGGAAAGAAUUUGAGGCACCGAGUAUGAAGUUGAGAGAUGCUGGGAGACUGCUCGGAAGACUCUUCCCGUGGAAGAGCUUGAGGAGAAAGCAUUGGUUUCUUUGGCUAAUGUAAGAGCCUAUACUUUUCUCUUUCAAGAGAAAUUCCUAACUCCAGUUUUCGCUGAAAGGGAAAGAUCACAUGCUAUGCUAAUGAUAGCAAUGACCUCUUUGUGAUUGAAGAUAAACUAGUUUGGAUUGUUCUCAUUGUUGUUGCAAUUCUUGAUAAAACAAUGCACAGGUUUGAGGUAAAAGCUUUUUGGCUCCUUCUUUUUCAUAUAUUGCAGUAUUGUGGAUUGUCUGAGUGGUUUUGACUUGGUUGAUAUGGCAAAGAAGUGUACUAUUGUUAUUCAUUUAAUUGAAGAUGCUGGACAUCCAGCUAGAUAUAGAAUGUUUGUUGGCAUGGUAUCUAUGAUAUUUUCUUAUGUUGCUUAUCUUGAUCAGAAAAUCACGUUAUUAUAGUCACACCUUCUAUACUAUUGUUGUUUAUAAUUACUUUUCAGUCUUAAGUAAACUUUAUUGUAUCAGCAUCUGCAUCAAGCUAAAGGGUCUUAAGUUAAACUUUCGACGUCAAAAUUGGUCGUAAACUGACAAGGCAAAAGGUUAAGAUGUUAUAAAAACUCAAAUAUCAGUCCAAACAUUUUUAAAUUUUUUAGUACUAAGAUUGGGGAAUUGUCUCUAUGCUUUACCAACAUAUUCUUCUUAAUUGGUGGUCUUAAUUUAUUGUAAUGAUAGAAUGUUUAGGAUGGUCCAAUUCUUGGGCGCGAUGCUUCUGUCUCCUUCUACACUAUUCCAGUUCCUGCACACGAUGCUGCCGGUUCCUUCUGCACAGUUCUAGUACCUUUGCUUCUUGGCUCCUUCUAUACCAUCGUUGUUUCUUGGCUCCUUCUAUACCAUCGUUGUUUCAUGUCAGGUGAUUAGUGGCCAGAACCAAAACCGGUAGGACCUAAAGUGCUUGAGAGAGAGUAGAAACAAAAGCAUCAAGUUCAAGUUCUUAGAGACAUAAUUGGAUCUUGGUGUUACUAGUUACAAAGCAGCGCAACAAGCAGCUUCCCUGCGAUUCUGUUGGUGUUUGCAUGAUCUGCAACCAGACGCCUCUAGAAAUUGACAUUCUUCAUUGCAGAACAUGUGCAACUCCAUGGCAUGUUCCAUGUUUACCUCUCCUUCCCUUGACAAUCUUUGAUUGGAUAUGCAUUGAUUGUUCUCAACCAGUGGACAACAACCACGUCGCUGAUGCACCUGCUACUCCUAUCGCUCGUGGUCUUGUCUCUACCAUCCAUGCCAUCGAGAAUGAUACUUCACUUACCAGUGAAGAAAAGGCUAAAAAACGUCAAGUACUCAUUGGUGGAUCUUCUAAACAACCUAUUGAAAACAACAACAAAUCCAAUGAGGUGUUUGAUGUAUUCAAUAGCAAGCUUAACUGCUCUAUCUGCUUGACCUUGCUUGAGAGACCUAUCACUACACCAUGCGGGCACAAUUUUUGCCUGAAGUGUUUUGAGAAAUGGGUUAAGCAAGGAAAACGCAAUUGCUCGAAUUGUAGGACUGAAAUUCCAGCGAAGAUGGCGAGUGAUCCACAAAUCAAUGUACAACUGGCGACCACCAUUCAAAUGGCUAGAUCAGAGAGUGUUGCUCAUGGGAAGAUAUUUGUGACGAUUCCAAAAGAUCAUUUUGGACCGAUUGUUGCUGAGAAUGAUCCAACUAGAAAACGGGGGGUUCUUGUUGGUGAUACAUGGGAGAGUUUGAUGGAAUGCAUGCAAUGGGGUGCUCAUUUUCCCCACGAUGCCAGGACUGCUGGACAGAGUUCUCAUGGUGUUCAAUCUGUUGCUCUAUCUGGUGGUUACAUUGACGACAUAGAUCAUGGUAAUUGGUUUCUUUAUAGUGGAAGUAGUGGAAGAGAUCUUAGUGGUAGCAAACGUACCAACAAAAAUCAGUUCUUUGAUAAAAAAUCUGAGAGAAAGAAUGAGGCUUUCAGACUCAGUUGCCAAAAAGGUUAUCCUAUUCGCGUUGUAAGGUCCCACAAAAAGAAACGUUCCUCUUAUGCUCCCAAAGCAGGAGUGCGAUACGAUGGGGUUUAUAGAAUUGAAAAAUGGUGGCGCAAAAUUGGAAAACAAGGUCAUAAGGUUUGUAGAUAUCUGUUUGUGAGGUGUGACAAUGAGCCUGCUCCAUGGACAAGUGAUUUAUCCGGAGAUCGUCUUUGUCCACUACCUAUAAUUGAGGAGUUGAACGGUGCAGUUGAUAUUACUGAAAGGAAGGGUGAUCCAUCAUGGGAUUUUGAUGAGGAAAAAGGAUGUUGGCUAUGGAAGAAGCCUCCACCACUAAGUAAGAAACCGGUGAACAUUGUGGAUCCUAUUGAUGAAACAAAAAUAAAAUUUGAUGUGGAAAAAGCAAGAAGGGUGUCCUUAAAAAUCAAGGAUAGGCUUUUGAAAGAGCUUGGUUGCACUAUCUGCCACAAGGUGUUGGCUUCCCCUCUUACUACACCUUGUGCACACAACUUUUGCAAAGCCUGCUUGGAAGGUGUCUUUUCAGGCCAAAGUUAUAUAAGGGAGAGGGCAUCUCAAAGUGGAUUUGCUUUACGGACAAAGAAAAACAUCAUGAAAUGUCCUACUUGUUCAACUGACAUUGUAGAUUACCUUCCGAUUUUAAAGGUUAACACAGACUUGAAGGGCGUCAUAGAAUCACUCCAGAGAGAUUUUUAAUUGGUGCUGAUGCCAAGGCUGUAGGGAUCGUGAAGAAACAUAUUGAUGAUGUGAAACUGGAAAGGAAACUAAUGGCUUGCAAUUAUGGAUGGGUUAUGGAUUUGAUUGUCUUGUUUUAUUUUGGAUUUGCAUUAAACUUGUUGUGGUUUGAGAAGAUUUUUUUGUUUGUUUUUACCACCAGUAUCCGGUCAUUGGACCGCUUAAUCUGGUUCGGAGGUCAGUCCUGACAUCGAGUGAUUUGAGAAGAUAUUUACUACAUUUGGGAAUUGCUAUUUAUUUGAUAUUUAUUUGGUAUUGCCUCUCCAAAGUGUCAUUUUAAACUUGAGAAGGAGUGGAUGCAUUUUAUAUUUUAGUAUCUUCCUAUCAAACUAUACUUUUAUAUAAGAUUCUUUAAAGGCCUACUUUUAAGAUCUUAAAACUGAACCUGAACCAAAACCAGAUGACAUUUUUUAGAGAU